GGCCGCGCGGCGGGCCUUGCCUUCCUCUUUCGGCCAUCUUGGCGCCUGUGGAGGUGAGGGCCGUUCUUGCAGCUGAGCUUUGGGGUCCGGUUUCUGGGGCCUGCUGGGAACAGGACUUCGAAAAGACACUAUGUCUGGAAGGCUGUGGUGCAAGGCCACGUUUGCUGGCUACAAGCGAGGUCUCCGGAACCAGAGAGAGCACACGGCUCUCCUUAAAAUUGAAGGCGUUUAUGCCCGAGAUGAAACUGAAUUCUACUUGGGCAAGAGAUGCGCUUAUGUGUAUAAAGCAAAGAACAACACAGUGACACCUGGAGGCAAACCAAACAAAACCAGAGUGAUCUGGGGGAAGGUGACUCGGGCCCAUGGAAACAGUGGCAUGGUCCGUGCCAAAUUCCGAAGCAACCUUCCUGCAAAGGCCAUUGGACACAGAAUCCGUGUGAUGCUGUACCCAUCCCGGAUUUAAACCAGUGAAAAGUAAAUAAAAGUGGAUU